GAUACCGGAGCACGAGACCGGGUCUGACCGAGCUCGAGUCGCCGCUCCACGACAGACCAGCCAGCCUUGGACAGUGAAGGGUAGUGUUGUCCACGUUCACGGUGCGUGCAUACUCGGAGAAAUAUGACUGUGGCGAACUCAUCUAUUGCCGACUGGCAGACGAGGGUGUUGCACUCACAGUCUGUGACUCCUCCAGCGUUUCAACUUGCCAAAGCGCCAAGCCUCAGGCCUCAGGCCUCAGCAUCGGGCCAGCGCUUUGACGCUUCAGCCGAUUGCUAGUGCCACCAACGCAUUCUCCACGGAGUUCUCGGCUUGAAUCGGCGUGUACGCUUCAUAGAUUUUGUGGCAGAGCCGACCAGUCAACGGCAGCCAGUACGUCCCGAAAAGUUCCGUCGACACCGACAAUGGCGUCUAGAAAGGCGAGCGGUUGUUGGCGUAACGAAACAAGCCACAAAGCUACUUACUUCUGAGAGCUGUUAUACAGUGCUUAGCUCGCCGACCGAACUGCAACCUGGCCGAAAGCAAGCUGUACCGAGCGGUUGGCUCGUCGUGAAUCACGAAACCCGUCGAGUCAAAGCUGCAGCUAUCUUUGGACAACCGAGCGGACGAAGGGGAAAAUUCAGAAAACUUGAUGGUUGACAUUGAACAAGCCGGUGACAACGGGACUUGGGACGUCCAGAGGUAGUAUGUGGCUGUGCAAAAAGGCUUUUCGUUGGCUUUUGCAUAGCUACGCGGUGACAAUCGUUUCCUUCAGCCCUUUCAGCACCCUUCAAGUGCUGAUGGCGAGGUCCAUGCACAAAUACAAGGUCUCGACAAUGAAGACAACACCAAUGCCACUUCAAAGGGCAAUUAAGCGUCGUCUCCUGCCUUCUUCCUUUUGUCUUUGACGGCUGCUGCAGCCCCCUGCACCCUAUAAAAAUGCCCUCCUCUCAAGGCAUAAACGCAUCCUCGCUGCCUCCCACUGCCCACCUUCUACACACCCAUCCAUCCCGUUACCAGCUGCGUCGCUUGCCAACAUGCCCAUAUUAUACAGCGACAGCAUCCCUCAGCGCCGCGCGCUGCUUGUCGACGAGAUCCUCCGCAACAUCACAUGCACCCUCGACGCCAGCUCACUUGCCUGCUUUGCGAGGACCUGUCGUGCGUUUUCCGAACCGGCUUUGGACGCCCUCUGGAUGUCUCUCGACUCAUUUCUUCCCCUCGUCUCGAUUCUGCCCGAGGAUGCCGUUCACCUCAAGAUAGAUGCGGAGCACGCACUGUACGAGGCUAAGCGACGCGCUCUAAAGGCUCGAUUAGCUCAAUCGGCCUCCGAUGGCAAAUCCUCUGACGUUCUGCAGCGCGAGGAUGCGUUCAGGUUUGCGUCGCGGUACUACAAAUGCUAUAACCUCAAGCGUUCCAUUACGACUGCGGACUGGGACAAGGUGCUCAGCUACACCCGGCGAGUGCGGCACAUCCGCCCUCAGCCCAAGCGUCAACGGUUCGGUAUUAUCCUGCCGGAAAUGCUGUCCAAACUAGCACCCCCGCCCCAGUAUCAGUGCCAGCUCUUUCCUAGGCUGGAGAGCGUGUACUGGAUGGAUUCAAACUCGAGUGCCUUCCCGCUCCUGCUUAAUCUAGCCGGUCCCUCCCUUCUCUCGCUCGACGUCCCGGACUUUCACUUCGCAGAACCGACUUUCGUCCUGGGUGGACACAGCAACACUAAUACCUUCGACAUAGCCAAACUUGGCGCUUAUUACCCGUCUUUGCAGCACUUCCGC